CAUUAAUAUUUCAUUUACUUCGGAAAUAUUAAUCCCGAAUGGCUUAAAAGAAACUUUAAUAAUUAUUAUAUUAAUCUGACUUUGUGAGUGCUAUUGAUUCACUGUACCUAAUCCGAAGGACAAUAAUCCUCUGUCGAGGGCCGCAUCAUUUCUUGCGUGAUUGCCAACUUGCCCACAGUAAGAAGUUUGACAUUUGGUCCUACGUUGCGAAAUUGUAAACACCUGUAGAAAAGUUAGUGUGGUUUCUUAUAAUAUUUUUCUUAUUUAAUGUGGUAAUACAUGUCUUGUAUUAUAAUUGCAACAAUUUGAUUGUAUCAGUGGGACUGUAUAAAUAUUACGUAUACAACCCAAGGAUACCGAGGAUGAGCUCAGCAGUAAAUCAAAUGAAAUCAGAAUAUAAUGAAAUCGUAUAUAAAUAUAUAUUUAAAUCCAAGUCAGGUGUCUUUAUUUGGCAUCAUAUUGUUCGUUAAAAGCGAAUGUUUUCAAAUUGAGAUAAAAUGUAUUUCAAACAUAAAGUAAACCUAUAAAAAUGCAUAACACUGGUCCCAGUGCCACAGGCCAGCUUUUUCAAACGAGUGAAGAAAUGACUCAGACGCUUGACGACUGGGAAAGCUGUAGCCUUCCGCGCGGAGAUUUUAAUUUCGGAAAGUAGUCCCCUCCUUCCUCAGUGUCGAAGUGUACUUUGUUAUUAGGCUUACACUUACUGAUUGGAUUACAGUAUCACGUGUGAUAGUGAAGUGCGUGGAUGUGUAUAUAGGAAAAUGUAUUCAUUACUAUGCCGUGGACGCGAUUUUUGUUGUUAUUGUUGCGGAUGGAUAUAUAAACUUUUUUCUCCUAACCUCCUUUCGCGCUAUUGAAGUAGAUAUGCGAAAUAAUGGUGUGUGAUGGAAGGUGGCUGUUUUAUUUUAAACUUUUAUCGCAAAUUGGAGCAAGUUUUUUGAAAUAUAUGUGGUCAAGCAAGUGAUGGAAAGAUUAUGGUUUACGGUGGACUGGCUCUCGAAGAGUUUCGGGAUAACGUAAGUAAGAGCUGGAUGUGUUUGCAGCGGCGGGGUGUUGGCAGCGAGGAAGGUUCUGCCUAACAUGGCUGCAACGCAAGCUGAAAGCCAACAAAAUGAGGUGAAUCGUGAUCAAGUGCAGCAAGACCAGCCUCCAGAUUUAAGUAAUACGGUAUUACAAAAUGGAACAGAAAAGAGUGGUGGACGAGGAAUAGUUGGAUCUGAUAGUAUAGUUAACACAAAAACAAAGUCGCCCGGUCAAAACAGCCUCGCCAUAGAGAUGAGUCAAUAUCGACAAGAGUCUGGUGCAGGGCCUCCUAUUCAUAAUAGUUCGGGAAAUAGUGAUCAAAACACGAAUAACAGUGGUGUGGAUAGCAAUAAACUGAAUUCUGAUGGUAAAUCGUAUGUGCAAAAUUCAGAACAAAGUGCGGGAAGUGAACAAAGUUAUGGAAAAGGGUCAGACGGUGGACAAAACAUGCAAGGAUUUGGUUUAGGAUUUUCCGCUAGAGGGAACUAUCAUCCUGACCAGCACGGUGUUGGAAAUCCAGUGCAGAAUAGUGCAGAUAGUAGCAGUUUGCAUCAAAAUCACCCCUUUAGUCAGUUUAGCCCCCAAGGCAUGAGGCAUGGAUUUCCAAGUUCUAAACCUAUGCCAGGUAGUCCUAUGGUACCGCCAAGACCUCCUAGUGCUGGACCCAAUAUGAAUGCACCCAGUGGUGGUUUUUCAUCCCAUACUCAACCCCCAAGGUUAUUUUCAGGACAAAGUAUUUCUCAACCAACAGGACCCACCCCUACAUUAAACCAGUUACUGCAAUCCUCUAAUCCAGCACAUCGGUACCAAAACAGCUAUGGGGAAUAUGGGAUGCAGAAAGCGGGUGACCAAGGAUCUGGGAAUAUGCCAUAUAACCAAUCUUGGUCCCCACAGAGGCCAUUGGCUUCCUACAGCCCACAGCAAGUUGCAACUGGAUACAGAAAUCAACCUCCCGGUGGAGUCCCUCGGGGAAGUCAGCCGCCAUAUUUAGGCGGCCCGGGUACGGGUCCCGGGGCCCCCGUACCUGGAGGAAGUUUUCCCCAGCAACAGCAGCAGCAACAACAACAACAACAGCAGCAGCAACAGCAACAACAACAACAACAACAACAACAGCAACAACAGUACCCGCCGUAUCCGCCCCGGUAUCCCACACCGCCUGGACAAGGCCCGGGACCCGCGGCCCGCCAACCCUUCUCUUCUCACCAGCUUGGGUCUCCCUACGGACAGCAGCAGUUGGUUAGCGGGGUGUACGGCGACCAGCGGGGAACCUGGGCCCAACCUCCGAACCCCCAGCAGCCCCCAAGUCAGCCCCCGCCCCUCCAGCACCCUCCACCCCAGCCGUCGCCACAGCAUCAACCCCAACCAUCUCCACAGCCUCAACAUCCGCCCCCGUCCCCAGGCCAACAUCCGCCCCCGCAGCAGUCACCUCAGCAGGCGCCACCCCCAGCCCAGCACUCACACCAACAGCAGCAACCGCACCCCCCUCAGUCGCACACACAGGGUGUGCACCAAGAAUUCUUUGCCCGUGUUUAA